GCCUGAGGGCAAUCUGAGCCCUUAGCUGAGUCUCUGUCCUUUCACUCUAGGUAUCUGUCCAUCAUUCCUGUUCUCUCAAAAUUGAUGGUGAUGCUGGUCUAGUCCCAGAGAGAGGGUCGCAGGUGGAGGGAAGCCUCCUUGGACACCAAUAAGGAGCCACAGUUUCCCCUUCGCGGCAUGAGCAGCGCCCCCGCGCCGGGCCCGCAGCCCGCCAGCCUCACGCUCUGGGACGAAGAGGACUUCCAGGGUCGUCGCUGCAGGCUGCUGAGCGACUGCGCAAACAUCGCCGAGCGCGGAGGCCUGCGCAGGGUGCGCUCGGUCAAGGUGGAAAAUGGCGCUUGGGUGGCCUUUGAGUACCCUGACUUCCAGGGACAGCAGUUCAUUCUGGAGAAAGGGGACUAUCCUCGCUGGAGUGCCUGGAGUGGCAGUGGCGGCCACCACAGCGACCAGCUGCUCUCCUUCCGGCCAGUGCUCUGCGCAAAUCACAGUGACAGCCGUGUGACACUGUUUGAGGGGGAUAACUUCCAGGGCUGCAAGUUUGAACUCACUGAUGACUACCCAUCCCUGCCCUCCAUGGGCUGGGCCAGCAAGGACGUGGGUUCUCUCAAAGUCAGCUCUGGAGCGUGGGUGGCCUACCAGUACCCAGGCUAUCGGGGCUACCAGUAUGUAUUGGAGCGGGACCGGCACAGUGGGGAGUUCCGAAACUACAGUGAAUUUGGCACACAGGCCCACACUGGGCUGCUGCAGUCCAUUCGAAGAGUUCAGCACUAAGCUCCACAGCCUUGAAACCUCCCAUGAGGACCUUCAAUAAAGGUUCCUGAACCUGCCUGCCCUUUUUGCCUCUUU